CGACGUAGUCUCUGCACUUGGCUGCGUGUCUCAAGACCUCUGCAACGUAAGCUGUUUGCACAUUUAUUGUGAUAGAAAGAAUAAUUCAUCUUCUGUUGUUCCGAGUUUGUGCGCGGCGCAUCGCAGAUACCAGCAGAAAGACAGAGACAACGCGCUUUGAAACGACUUGAGAUUGUUCCUGGUCACGUGUGAAACCUGCGAAUUGGAUUUCUUCUGGGAAAAUAAGAGAUAAGUAAGAUUGGCUACAACGUUUUUAGACAUUCACAAUGGAUACGACUUUGCGUGAAUCAGAGUCCUACAAUCCGACAGUCGAUUCUGAUGAAAAAAUACCCUUGAAAAGUCAGGAUGAGACGAAACCGUUUACUGCCUCUGACAAUCGUACAUCAUGUGAGAUGGAAUCCAGCGCCACCCGUGAUGAAGAACAUGACGACACAGCCAUUGUUAUCGUCGGAGACAACAAGUCCCUGAACGAAGAUGACGAGCCGGAAGAUGAAGAAAGAGUGGCUUGGGGCAGGAAGGCCGAAUACUUCCUCUCUAUGAUUGGCUACUGCGUUGGACUUGGGAAUGUUUGGAGAUUUCCUUACGUCUGUAUUAGGAAUGGAGGAGGUGUUGGUAUCGCCAUGAACGUGUUGUGCACUCUCUGUUCCUGGUAUUACUCCAUGAUCCUGGGGUGGACACUCAUCUUCCUGGUUCACUCCUUCCGUGACCCUCUGCCGUGGACACAGUGCGGACAGUGGUGGAACUCGGAUCAAUGCGUGCCCACCAUAGGUCACAGUGUGAACGCUGCUUUAGGCAACGGGACAGAUGCAAGUGGUCCAGCUUUCAACACGAGCUACGCUUACAACAUCACCCAGAAUAUUACGAGCGUUGAAGGCAAUCUGACCAAAUCUGCUAGUGUGGAAUUUUGGUUGCACAACAUCCUUGAAUCAUCCCCUGGUUUUGCUUACCCUGAUGGUCUCCCUUGGCACACGGUUUUGGGCCUGGUCGUAGCCUCCAUUAUCGUUGUGUUGUGCAUCAUCAAGGGCGUCCAGUCCGUGGGAAAGGUGGUGUAUGUGACAGCCACACUCCCAUACAUUCUCAUCACUGUCCUGGUGAUAAAGGGCUCCACCCUGUCAGGGGCUAUGGAAGGCAUCAUCUUUUACGUGAAGCCAGAUUUUAGGUAAGACCAUGGGGCUGGGAUUUAAAAAUUGCUCUCUACGCACUAACAAGUCACAUUACUGACAGAGGGUUAAUGUAAUGUGUAAGGAAUGGAGGGGGUGAGGGGUUGGAGGUAAGCUUCCAAACUUGCUGUCCGCCAUGUCUCUGAGUAUAUUAUAUUGUCCAAUGUGUCACCAUUAAAUACGCAGCUUUAUUUUUGUAUUCUUUAUCUGAGUUUAACUUUCAAAAUUUCAAGAGGUUCGUUCUAAAGGAGGGUUAAGUGUAGAAUACUUCAAAGGGAAAAAAGACAAUCGUCUGAUCAAAACGGUCAAACAAUAUUCAAUCCAAAUUUAAUUUUGAUAUAUUUAUCCCCCUGCUCGAGUUCUGAAAUAGGGUUUACUUAGUUUUUAAAUAUGAUAUUUCAUCAUUUUAAAAAAAAAUAGUUUCCGCAAUCAUCAUUUAAGUGGCGCUUCAGCUUACAUAAGAACUGAUCUCAUUAGCUAGAUAUUACAAUUUGUUCUUUGUCCGACAGCAAAGUUAUAUUCUC